CAAGUCUUAGAAAUAGCCUCAGUCGGCUGGGCAUCAGUGCAGUACCGGAGAGAGAAACGAAAAGGAGGGAUCUGGGAAGCCGACAGCCUCUGGCACUGAAAGCCCGCUUUGCUAGCGUGCGCCUUCGGGCUAAAAGGUCGGGUCGGGACAAGCUGCGUAGCUCGCAGUCAUUCUUGGAGCCUCGCGAAGCCUUUGUAGCAUCCGUCACCAGAGCCACGGGGCAGCCCCCUAACUCAGCGUUGCUCUUGCAGCCGCUCUGAGGGUGGGGACGAUUUAAGCUGAGAUCUGGGAAGAAAGCUCAGGUUCAGAAUCCUUGCCUACGCUUGCAAGGCUCGGGAUUUUUUGGCUUGACUUGUUUUGUGGUUUUUAAAGAUCGUACCAGUGGUUGUAUCUACUCGUACGCAUCUUCCACCCCCUCCGCCCGCUUUGUCUUCUGAGGUCUUUUGAUUCCAAAUUUGAUCUGUAAAUUUAGUGAGUUUGGGCAAGGGAGGGGUGGUGCCACACCGAGACCUCGCAGUGAGGAUGCCCAUGGAGCUGACUCAGAGUCGAAUGCAAAAGAUAUGGAUUCCUAUCGAUCACCGUCCUUCGCUGCCAAGACGUAGGUACCGAGCCUGUGGACCUCAGCUGACCAAUUCCCCUACAGUAAUUGUCAUGGUUGGACUCCCAGCUCGGGGAAAGACUUAUAUGUCCAAGAAGUUGACACGCUACCUCAAUUGGAUUGGUGUCCCCACAAAAGUUUUCAAUGUUGGGGAGUACCGCAGGGAAGCCGUGAAGGAGUUCAGUUCUUAUAGUUUUUUUCAUCCUGACAAUGAAGAGGCCAUGAAAGUUCGGAAACAAUGUGCAUUAGCUGCCUUGAGAGAUGUCCAGUUGUAUCUGAAAGAAGAAGGUGGCCAGAUUGCAGUUUUUGAUGCUACCAAUACCACAAAAGAGAGAAGAGACAUGAUCCUUGAUUUUGCAAAAGAAAAUGACUUUAAGGUGUUUUUCAUCGAGUCUGUGUGUGAUGACCCUUCCGUAGUCGCCUCCAACAUUAUGGAAGUUAAACUCUCCAGCCCCGAUUAUAGAGAUUGCAGCUCAGCAGAAGCCAUGGAGGACUUCAUGAAAAGAAUUGAUUGCUAUCAAGUCAACUACCAGCCUCUUGACCCAGAUAACUAUGAUAGGGAUCUAUCACUGAUCAAGGUGCUUGAUGUUGGCCGACGAUUCCUGGUAAACCGAGUCCAAGAUUACAUCCAGAGCAGGAUAGUCUAUUACCUGAUGAACAUCCAUGUCCAGCCCCGGACCAUCUAUUUAUGUCGCCAUGGGGAGAGCGAGUACAACGUCUUAGGGAGGAUUGGUGGCGACUCUGGCUUGUCUAUCCGGGGGAAGAAGUUCUCCAUUGCCCUGUGCAAGUUCCUUGAGGAGCAGAAUUUGAAGGACCUUAAGGUAUGGACCAGUCAGCUUAAAAGGACCAUCCAGACAGCAGAAGCCCUUAAGCUACCUUAUGAACAGUGGAAGGCCCUCAAUGAAAUUGAUGCUGGAGUUUGUGAAGAGAUGACCUAUGAUGAGAUCAAGGAGACUUAUCCUGAGGAAUAUGCCCUUCGUGAUCAGGACAAAUAUUAUUACCGAUACCCUACUGGAGAGUCUUAUCAAGACCUCGUUCAGCGCUUGGAGCCAGUGAUUAUGGAGUUGGAGAGACAGGAGAAUGUGUUGGUGAUUUGCCACCAAGCUGUCAUGCGUUGCCUUUUGGCCUAUUUUCUUGAUAAGAGUGCAGAUGAAAUGCCAUAUUUGAAAUGUCCCCUCCACACAGUGUUGAAAUUGACACCUGUGGCCUAUGGUUGCCGUGUAGAGUCUAUUUAUUUGAAUGUGGAAGCAGUAAACACACAUCGGGAAAGGUCAGAGGAAGCAAAGAAGGGACCUAACCCGCUCAUGAGACGCAAUAGUGUUACCCCACUAGCCAGCCCUGAGCCCACCAAAAAGCCUCGCAUCAACAACUUUGAGGAGCAUUUGGCUUCCACUUCUACUGCCCUGCCCAGCUGCCUGCCCCGGGAGGUGCCCACGCAACCUUUACUAGGGAAAGCCUGUUUAACCUGAAUAACUCACAGAACCAAUUUUGACUCUUCCCGGAACUCUGAAACAAAUGAAAUCAGUUGCAUUCCAUCGCCAUUUCUGAAGCUUGGCUUAUGUUCCUCCAGAUAAUCCCAGCUGCUUCUUCCAUAAACUGACCAAACUGUUGGGGUGAGGAGAGGGCUCAUCAAAUGACAAUUCAGUACUCUUGACUCCCAUCAUCCAGCUGUGUCAUGGUGACCUGAAGGCAGCGUAUAGCCCUCCCACUGUAAAGAAUCCAUCAUUUUCCAUUUUACUUAUUUUUUCUCAUCAUCCCAUUCUUCAUUUUCAACGGAUGUCUCUUUGCAGCAACCUCUCUGGAAGUAUGGGGAGGGGAAAAUUAGCUGAGAAGAGAAUGUCUCUGCUGCUUCUCCCUUUCUAAUGCAAUGGCAUUAGAAUGGCAACUCGAAAUUUCUUGAGGUUACAGGAAAAUUCAAGAUGGCUGGCCUCCUACAGAAACCAUCUGCUUUUUGUCUUGUCCUCUGAAGACAAUGCUUCAUUGGGAGUAAAACCAGCAAGUAAUGGCUCGGAGAAGUAGAUCUCUUGCUCUUCAGGAAUUCUUGAGUCAGAAAUCUGCCUUUUAACUAAAGCAAAGACAUUACUUCCCUUUGUAUGUUUUCGUUCAGAGUCUCCAUUCUUUAUCGAAACAGAACAUGAGAAUGGGUACCCAUUACCCCUUGCACAGAAAGGUCUUUUUUCUGAGUUUGGAAAGAUAUGAUUGUACCUUUUGUGGAAGAAGUAGGAUGAGAAAUCUGUACCUUUGUUCCAUGGAACACUGGGUCAUGUACCACAGGAGCUGUGUCUGACUGUGAAGGAAGCAUGAUGAACUGGCACUGCUGAUAGGGUUGGGAAACAUCUGCAGGGCAGGGCUUGUUUCCUGAAGAGUUUGUGGAGCACUGAAUUGAGCCUGGCUUGGGAUGAGAUCAACUGGCUGUUGUCUUCUUGUUCUAAAGUAGACUGACCCUGGAAGGUUGGGGGAGGAAGUGAUCCUCUCACUAGGAUUCUCUUCUCAUUAUCCUCUCUUUCAGGCUGGACAGGAUAGCUAGCAUGAGGAAGAACACUGGCGGGUUUCAGUUCAAUAUUUAUUGAGUUUCUGCUAUGUCUCUAGCAUUGGGCCAGCUGCUCAGGACAGAGGAGAUGGGGAAGGUUACAGUAAGUGUGACAUCAUAGAAAGGUUACAGAAAGUGACAUCAAAGUGUGUCAUGAUAGAACCUAUCAUGGAGUGGGGGGGGGGGCAGGGGAAGACUUCUAUAACACACAAAUGCCAUUUCCUCUUUGCCCAGUGCUCCAUGAGUGGGAACAGAGAGAGGAGCCCUAAUGGGGAAUAUUUUGCUUCAGGGAGGAGGUAAUGUGCCUAGUGCUUUAAUCAAUAAACAUUUCCUAAGCUCUGGAGAUACAAAAAGAGGCAAAAGACAGCUCCUACCUUCCAGAAAGUUUAGUUUCUGUGAAUUGUUCCUGUCUCACACACACACAAAACAUUGGUGGGGGCUCAUUAUUGAGCCUCACAUCUGACAUGUUUAUUGGCAGCCCAUUGACAAGUAAGUAGACAAACACACAGAUUGUGUAAGCCCAAGAUUCCUCCCCUGCCCCCUUUUUUUUUUUUAACCACCCUGAUUCCUGUCAACCACCCACCUCUCCUUGGUGGCAGUGCAAGCAGGCACAAAUGCAUGUUUUUAUGUGAACCACAUAGUUUUGGACUCACUUUGUUCUUUAUAAUAGGCUUGCUGGUAAUCUACUCUGUCUUGGAUUCGUUUCUGUUUCUAAUUGACAGAAAAGGGGCCGAGAAUAGAAUUUUGUUUAAUUAUUUCAUUGUGAGGGUCUCUAUAGUGUGUUUUUUUACUCAUGUUCAAAUUAAAAACAACAAGCUGGCUUUACAUUUUAAUUUGGGAAGAGUGAGGAGGAUGAGUCUAUCCAGGGAUCCUGGAGGUGAUGCUACUUACCUUAGAAACUAGUAGUAGUAGCCUGAGCUACACUGAAGCAUUUCAUUAGGAAGGGGGUGUGCUUGAUGCUGCACAGUGGGGGAGGUUUUGCUGGGACUACUGACUUUUAUUUUUACCAUGUUCCACUGGAACCAGUUUUUCUGAACUUUGUAUAUUUGUUUGGGGGAUGCAGCUGUUUUUCCCCCUAUUAUAUCCUGAGAGUUGGCAGAACUCUUAAGAAUUAAGGUCUGUGGGGGGGGACUGAUUGAACCACAUCCGUGAUACUGUUUUUAUUUGUAAUACUUGAAAUUUAUUUUUUUAAUAUUAUUUUGAUAGCAAAAAUGCUAUUUAUUUAUUUAAUGUGUGUGAUGGCGCCAGGUGAGAGCGAGAGAGAGAGAGAGAGAGAGAG